AUGGGUAGAAGGAAGGCAACCAGCCUGCUGGACAAUGAAAGCAUAAUGGGUCGGAAGCAAGGUCUGAGCUACUCCAUUACAACCCAACCUGACCUUAUUGAACACGUCGCCCACAGGACCAAUCUCCAGCAGCACUCCAACAACCAGAUUGUCUCCAACAACCAGGACGACACAGAGAACGAUGAUAAGCGCAUGCUGACUCCUGAAGGUGGUGAAGGUGGUGUAGACUCUGGUAUAGUUACUGACGGUGGGUCAACGUCUUCGUCAAACUCUUCACACCAAGGACGUCAGUCUCCAGCUCACAUCCCACAUAUGACAGCUGGUCACACACAGGAUUUAUAUGCUUUGCCAGUGAAGCGACCUCCCACACAGACGGGGUCUCAACACUCCACACCCACACAUCAGCCCACACAAAAUGAUAGUGAAGAAAAGACUGACCCACCCAUAGAAGACACUCUCCCACCUGGAUGGGAAAAGCAUGAAGAUAAUGAUGGUCCAUACUACUGGCACAUCAAAAGUGGUACUAUCACUCGCACUCCUCCUGAACCCACUGAUACCUUAACUUCUGCACCACUGAGAGCAGAGAGGAGAAACAAGGAUACCGAACAGACCAGUAGUAGUGUAGGAGGAAGUGUGACACGUAGCAACACCUCUUCUGCACUGUCCGAGCUUUCAGACUCUCGUCCAAGGACUGCUGCUGUGGAUAAUGCCUACAAGCGACGCAGUUACCCAGCUCGCAGUGACAUAACAGAGGGAAGUGGUGGACGCCCCAUUCGAUUUGCUGUUCGUUCCCUUGGCUGGGUGGAAAUUGCUGAGGAAGACCUUACUCCAGAGCGAUCUUCCAAAGCUGUCAAUCGGUGCAUAGUUGAUCUGUCCGUUGGGAGGCGUGAUGUUUUGGAUGUGGUUGGAUGCUGGGGAGAUGGAAAGGAUUUGUUUAUGGAUUUGGAUGAAGGUUCCUUAAAAUUGGUUGAUCCAGAGAAUCUGACUGUACUAAAUACUCAACCCAUU